AUGUCUACCAAAUACGCCCUCGUCUCCCUGCCUCUCGGCAUCUUCGACUCUGGAGAUAAGGACGACGCCAUCUCCUCGUUAAGCGCUACCAUUUCGGCUGAAAAUGGUAGUGUUCGCCCCUUCAACAUCCCCGAUUUCAAAAUCGGCACCCUGGAUGCCUUGGUCCAACAAGCCGAUGACCUUGCCAAGCUAGAGUCCACCUGCCAGGCUGUUGUUGCGAAGGUUGCCGACUCAUUGAAGUCAAUCCUCGAUGGUGAUGAGGACAAGAUCUCCCAGCAGAAGAUGGUCAACGACAAGCCCACCGACCAAUACAUCAACUCGUUUUCCUGGAACAAGGUUCGAUACCGCGCCGACAAACCUUUGAGCGAACUCGUCGAUACACUGCAAAAGGAACUUGUCACUACCGACAACGAUGUCAAGAGCAAGUUCAACCAGUAUAACUCAGUCAAGACAAACUUCACCACUCUCCAGCGCAAGCAGACUGGUAACCUUGCGACAAAGUCCCUCACUCCCGUUGUCGAUCCCGCUCUCCUUAUCCAGGACUCGGAAUACCUAGAGACGCAUCUUAUUGUUGUGCCGAACAAUGCAAAGAAGGACUUCUUGAAGAGUUACGAAACACUGGCACCGAUGGUGGUCCCCAGAUCUGCCGUGCAGGUCGCGACGGACGAAGAGUUCACCUUGUACGCCGCCACGUCAUUCAAAAAACACAGUGCAGAGUUUCUUGCGAAGUGUCGCGAGCAAAAAUGGACUCCGCGUCAAUACAAGUAUGUGGAGGGUGGGAAGGAGGAAGAGCAACGUGAGCUUGACCGGGUGGCUCGUGAAGAGAAGAAGACAUGGGGAGAAGCUCUGAGAAUCGGCCGGACAGGCUGGAGCGAAAGCGUCAUGAUCUGGCUGCAUGUGCUCGCACUUCGCGUAUUUGUCGAGGCUGUUCUCCGCUACGGACUCCCGCUCGACUAUGUCAGUGUUCUUGUCAAGACGAAUUCGAAGCUGGUCAAGAAGGUCAAGACAGCGCUCGACUCUAAUUACUCCUAUCUAGGAGGCAACGCCUUUGGCAGAGACAAGCGCGGGAAAAUCACCAAAGACGACGCAGCACUGUCGUCCGAGAUGGCUGCUGUUGGUCUCGGCGGAGGCGAGGAACACGAGUACACGGCUUACGUUUACUACGAGUUUGACUUCUCCUAG